UAUAUAUAUAUAUUUUUUACAUUUACGGCAUUGCAGGUUUGAAGAACAGCAUGUAGAAGCUUUUAUUUAAAGCUUUUUUUAGAAAGGAAACGGAAACACUUUGUGGUUUUGUAUCUUGCUUUGUGCUGUAACCUGUAGUUUGAUCGACACAUCACGAACCACAGACAAUGGAGAAGGUUUUGUUCUUUUGUGUUUUUUCAUGCAGGAUUAUUCAGCUCACUACCAGUGAUGUUUCAGAACAUGAAGUGACUACGCUAAGAUUUCAGCUGAACGAAGACAUCAGUCUGGACUGUAACAUGACCAACAGAUAUGAAAUCACCUGGUAUCACCAGAACUCUGAUUCUGGACGACUAACACUGCUGAUGACUGCCAAGAUCAGCAGUGCAGUGGGAAGAAAACUGCUAGUUACGUACAAUCUAAAUAAAAGUCGUCUGAAAUUCAUUGCAGAUACAGAGAUCACCAGAGUCUCUCUAGUUAUAACUGGACUAACAGAGUCAGAUUCUGGCCUUUAUUUCUGUGGAACAAAGUCUGUGACUUCAGAGAUGCACUUCGACAAACCCAUCAGACUGGAGAUCGAGGGUAAGCUGACAGACAGAGAGGACAAAUGUAAUUCUGUUACAGAAACGGCAGAUGUUGUUGAGGUCACAGAUGGAGUGACAGUGACGGAGCGUGUGUUGAUGUUCGGUGGUGUUGGACUCGCUGCUUUUGUGUUUUUUCUGGCUACAUUCAUCGCAGGAGGAAUCAUUCACCAUCACGGCUGGCAGAAAGGAUGGAAAGAAGCCAAACGUGCAUCUCUGAUGAGUCAAAAAUCAGCUAAAUGACAAACUUGUGUGCUUUAUUUUACAAUCUAACUCAAUAUAUUCCUGUCAGUUAAAUCAGCAUUGCUGUAGGGAAACAUUAAAAUAGACAACUGAGGCUCAGACAUCUUUUGCUGUUUGGUCUGAUAUACUUUCAUUUAAGAGGAACUGAGAUGUUUUUGUGACAAACUAUCACAGCUAAUACCAGCAAACUUAUGCUUUAAUAUCAAAAUGAACAUUAUGUGUCUGGCUAUACCUUUAGACUUCAUCUGGAGGAGCAUUAAUAUGUGCAUAUAAGUUGUUUUCAAGAGAAAAUAUAAAUGUAAAUCUCUUCUGUGGCACAUAAAGCUUGAUUUAUUAAAAAUGUCAACAGAUGUCUUCAAUGAUAAAUGUGUUGAUCAAAUAAACAGCAGUAAAACAAA